ACUUCCGUCCAAUAUCUUUCUUGCCAACCUAAGGCCAUCGUGGUAUAUCCCUGGUGUUAUGGCAGUCUGGGGCAUGCUUUCGGCCCUGGUUGGUGCAGUUCACAAUGCCGGGGGACUUUAUGCACUUCGGUUUUUGCUAGGAUUUUUGGAAGCUGCCUUUUACCCUGGUGCAUUGUUUCUAAUAUCCUCCUGGUACAAGCGGGAGGAGAUGGGUGUUCGCAGCGCAGCCGAACGCAAGCGCUCAGCCGCAAUCCUCCAGCUCUUCCCUUGGACAUUACAUUUUCAAGGUCCAGAGUUUGUCCGCUACGUAGUGCGAGCCGCACACAUCGCCAGUGUCCCAGUAGCGGUCCACUUGGACCACUGCAUCAAGCCGGAGGAUGUCGAAUUGGCCCUUACCCUCCCCUUUGAUUCUAUUAUGAUUGAUGCUUCGACCUUGGAUGACGAAGCAAACAUUCGACACAGCAAAGCUGUUGUGGAUUGUGCGCGGGCAUUCAAUAUCACCAUCGAGGCUGAGAUGGGUCGCAUUGAGGGUGGGGAGGAUGAGUUGCCUACUGUUGAUAUGGAAUCCGUCAUGACAAGACCCGAAGAUGCAGAGAGGUUUGUCCAACAAACUGGGGUGCACUUUCUUGCGCCGUCUUUUGGGAAUAUCCAUGGUGGGUAUCCGGCCGGUGGGGCAGAGGAAGCAUGGGAUCUUUCACGACUUGCGGCCAUUGGAAAGUCGGUCUCGGAAAUCACACCGCUGGCCCCCCAUGGAACGCAUCCUGUGUCAGAUGAGCUUUUUCAGAAGACUAUUAGAUGCGGAGUGCGCAAGAUCAAUCUCAAUCGCACUGUGCGCGAUGACUACACGAAGUUCGUCGCUGAAAAUGCCGGCUCACAGGAGUUGACAACUCUUAAAGUGCAGGGCGUGGAGAUUUAUGCUAAGUCUAUAGAGAGGAUGAUGGAUGUACUUGGCUCGUCUGGGCAGUAUUAGUUUCUAGUUCAAAGUACUUCUUCGGAAUUCAAAAUAAAGUCUUGGCCGUCG